UCUACUAUUCAAAAUGGCCGAAGACGAAGGGGUCAUGUUGUGAAUUACGGUUUAUUCCAUUUGUUAUUGCUUCAUCUCAGCAAUGAAUUCGCCUCGUGGAGAUGUGGUUGUUCUCUUCCUGUGUAUUUUCAGCAUUUGCGAAACGCAAAGCUACGAUUUCAACGCGUGUCCGUCCAGUAGGAACGACUUUCUUGAGGUGGUGUAUGGACCAUUGGCUGUUAAAUGCAAUACAAAAUACAAGCGGGAUUUGGUCAUUUCUGUACCAAGAAUCACUUUUUCUCAUGCAGAUCAGCAAAAGUUCUAUGAAGUAAUCAUGAUCGAUCCUGAUGCCCCCUCGGCCACAGAUCCAAAAUGCAGAUCCUGGCUUCACUUGAUGUUAUCCGAUGUCAAGGGAAGUGAUCUUAAGAAUGGUAUAUCUCCUAAUGGAAUAACAGGGUUGAAUGUUAUCACAGCCUACAACCCCCCAACACCCCCCAAGGGACGUGGGUAUCAUCGAUACAUUUUAGCUGCAUUUGGCCAUGCCCGACCUCUGAACAAUAAAAAAAAGAUAACAGAACGCUGUGGUUUUGACAUUGAUGCAUUUACCAAUGCACAUAAUUUAAAUACAGUCCCUGAUGCAAGCAAUAUGUUUCAAACUAUCACAGAGUAACCUUUAACAACAAA